UGCGAGUGUGAGUGUGUAUAUGCAUGUGGAUAAACGAAAAUAAAACAAAAUCAGCCUGUUCUUCUGGUUGCGCCACCCCGCAAAGCUUGACGAGCGAUAGGAAGAGGGAGACGAGAAUUGCAUUGUAACAGUAAAUCUUCCACUACCAACCUACCAACCAACCACCUAACACCCUUUACACCAACAACAACAACAAUAACAGGAGCAACCCCCGUUUACAAAAAUAGCCUUGUAAACUCUCUCACACACUCAGUUUUGGACAUCUUCAGUCAGUGUUCUUCCUUGGGCAAUGGAUUCGGAUAUGGAAAUGGAAUUGGAAUCGGACAGCGAUGAAGAAUUCAAUGAUGAUUACGAUUAUUAUAAUACAGGUGAGGACUGUGAUGUGGAGCGUUUGGAUCCCAAACGUGCUGAUCCGGAAUACUUUGAAUACGAUUGCCUCACUGUAGAGGAUAUUGAGAAGCUGCUAAACGAGAGAGUUGAGAAACUAAACACCAUACUACAGAUUACACCCGCAUUGGCCAAGGUGCUGCUGCUGGAGCAUCAGUGGAACAAUCAUGUGGUCGUUGAGAAAUAUCGUCAGGAUGCCAAUGCAUUGCUGGUAACGGCCAGAAUUAAGCCACCAAAUUGUAAUAAGGAUCAAGCAGAUGCAGCUUCGACAAGUGCAGCAGCAGCAGCGGCAUCGACCACAACUCAAUUGGCGAAAAUGGGCAGCUAUAAGAACAAUACAUCAAAUCAUUCAUCGUCAUCGACUACGACAUUAUCCACAACGGUCUCGCCGCAAUAUCGCAGCCAAAUGUGCCCAGUGUGCGCCAGCUCACAGUUGGGUGAUAAGUUUUAUAGUUUGGCCUGUGGCCAUUCGUUCUGCAAGGAUUGCUGGACCAUCUAUUUUGAGACUCAAAUAUUUCAGGGCAUCUCCACGCAAAUCGGUUGCAUGGCCCCCAUGUGCAAUGUUCGAGUUCCCGAGGAUCUCGUGCUAACGCUUGUCAUUCGACCCGUCAUGCGUGACAAGUAUCAGCAAUUCGCUUUUAAAGACUAUGUUAAAUCUCAUCCCGAGCUCAGGUUCUGUCCGGGACCCAAUUGCCAGAUUAUUGUACAAUCCUGCGAGAUCUCCGCCAAGCGUGCCAUCUGCAAGGUUUGCCACACGGGCUUCUGUUUCAAAUGUGGCAUGGACUAUCAUGCUCCAACUGACUGCCAGAUCAUUAAGAAGUGGCUAACAAAAUGCGCCGACGACAGCGAAACGGCCAACUACAUAAGCGCCCACACCAAAGACUGCCCCAAGUGUCACAUUUGCAUCGAGAAGAACGGCGGAUGCAAUCACAUGCAGUGCUUCAAUUGUAAACACGAUUUCUGCUGGAUGUGCCUGGGCGAUUGGAAGACCCACGGCUCUGAAUACUAUGAAUGCUCCCGUUAUAAAGAUAAUCCCAAUAUAGCCAACGAAUCGGUGCAUGUUCAGGCCAGAGAAGCGCUUAAGAAAUAUCUCCAUUACUACGAACGUUGGGAGAAUCAUUCGAAGUCACUGAAACUGGAACAACAGACAAUUGAUCGCUUGCGCACCCGUAUUAAUUCCAAGGUAAUGAACGGCAGUGGAACCUGGAUCGAUUGGCAAUAUCUGUUCAAUGCAGCGGCACUGCUGGCCAAGUGUCGUUACACGCUGCAAUAUACUUAUCCCUAUGCCUACUACAUGGAAGGCGGCUCCCGUAAGAAUCUCUUUGAGUACCAGCAGGCACAACUGGAAGCUGAAAUUGAGAAUCUAUCGUGGAAAAUAGAGCGCGCUGAAACCACUGACCUGGGUGAUCUCGAAAAUCAAAUGGAUAUUGCUGAGAAACGUCGCACCACAUUACUCAAGGAUUUCUUUCCUCUGCAUGCAUAGAGAUCCAAGAAGAGCAAGAGAGAGGGAGGGAUGGGGUCGCGCAUAUAGCACAAAACAAAUUUUCAUUCAGUAUGUUAUGAUAGAGAUAGAGAGAGAGAGUAGUGUGGGUGUGGUAGAAAGAAGACGCUUAUUUAAUUCUGCAUAUACAUUAAUAUUCAAUAUCCAUCUAGAUGUAUUGCCGAAAACAUUUGUAGCUAAUUUUUAAAUGUAUUUAGCAUAUUUUAGAUGAGAUGAAGCAUUAUUAUAGUCGACUACUUGAAGUAUAUACAUAAAAAACAAAACCAACCAUAACAAAACGAAGUAAACCUAAUCUUAAUCAUAGCUGUGUGACAUACGAAAGAGUCACUCAAAACAAUUUCGAUCGGUUUAAAUGCAAUACCAGACGCCAUGCGCGAUUAUAAUAUCAUAUAAACUCUAGCAUAAACGACGAAAAGCAUUUCUGUGGCCAAGUGUUCCAAAAAACAAAACAAAAGAUACAAAAACAAAACAGUUUUCCAAAAACUAGCCUCUCAAUUAACACUGAUUCAAUAUAUAUACAUGCAUAUAUACCAAUUACUUUAAAUACCAUAUAAGCAAUUCAAAAAUCAACAAACAAAAUACACAUCUAGAAAGAAUACUGGCAAAGGAUCCAAAAAAGUAAUUAUACACACACAUCCAGCAUUGA